AUGGGCUGCUGGAUUGCGGAAAGCACACACACGCGCGAGACGCAUGUUCCGGGGACUUCGCUCCUCGACGACUUGAAGGCGUCUCCGGCGACGCAGGAACAGUCGACGCACCUCAAGCGCGACAAGAAUGGUAUCGUGCUUGUACCUCAGCCCUCCGACGACCCGCGCGACCCGCUCAACUGGCCGACAUGGAAGCGGGAACUCGCUUACUGGAACAUCGUCUUUGCCACGAGCCUAGUCGGAGCCAUCGGUCCGCUCAUCGCGCCGGGCUUCGUUCAAAUCGCCAAAGAGUUCCAGGUCUCGGUCAACAAGGUCGCGGGAACGAAUGCAGCUCUCGUUCUCGCCAUCGGUGCUGCAAUGAUUCCCGUCAGCACCGUUGCCAUCAAGUGGGGACGUCGACCGGUAUACAUCUGGGGCGCGGCGUUCCUCCUCGCUGGCUCGAUCUGGUCCGCGGCCAAGCCAGACCUCGACAACUUGCUGGCGUCUAGGGUCAUUCAGGGACUCGGCAUGGCCCCCGUCGAAAGUACCGCAACUGCCACGAUUGGCGACCUGUUCCCCGUUCACCAGCGCGGUAUGCGCGUUGCGAUCUGGGGCUUGUCCUUGCUCGGUGGCAUCAACCUGGCUCCCAUCGUCGCCGGAACCAUCAUCUCGACGAUCGGCUGGCAAUACUGCUUCUGGACGAUCGUGCCCUUCUUCGCGCUCAGUCUCAUCUUUAUGGUCCUCUUCCUGCCCGAGACGGCCUACGACCGUGCACCCAUCCCCAACAGCCUCAGCACUUCGACCGGCGACAUCGUCGCUUCGGAAGAUGAGAAGGACGAGAAGGCCUUUUCCGAGCGAGUCGAGGAUGUCAACGCCGUCGAGAAGCAGGACAGCUACCUCCCGGCCAAGAGUGUCUGGCAGGAGAUGCUCCCGUGGUCCGGCUACGUCAACAAGGACCCCAUCUGGAAGAUCUUCCUCCGCCCCUUCCUCAUGCUUUUCAGCCCCGCGACCUUCUGGUGCUUCCUCACCUACGGAAUUGCGAGCUUGUUGCUCGUGCUCGUUUCGGCGACCAACUCCCUCAUCUUUAGCAAGUCAUACGGUUUCACCAGUCGCCAGACCGGCCUCGUCUCAAUCUCACCCCUCAUCGCAUCCAUCCUGAUGUCCCUCGUCGCUGGCUACGUCGCCGACUUCCUCGCCACCUUCAUGGCUCGCCGCAACAAGGGCGUCUUCGAGCCCGAGAUGCGCCUGCUUCUCAUGAUCCCCUACGCCGUACUUGUCGUUGCCGGCUACGUCGGUUGGGCUGUCUCGUACCGCAACCACGACCACUGGAUGGUACCGGUCAUCAUGUAUGGCUUUGUGAACGCGGGACAAAAGUUCCUCUCGGCCGCUAGCGUGACCUACAUUAUCGACGUCCACCGCGAGCAAACGAGCGAAGUGCAGGCGUGCGUCAACUUCCUCAAGAACGUCAUCUCGUACCGCAUCGGCACAGAGAUCAACGGAUGGGUCUUGGGUUUGGGUAUCGAGCAGACCUUCUACGUCCUGGCAGGUAUCUCGGCGGGUAUCGCGCUCACAACGAUCCCGAUGUACCACUACGGCAAGCGGUGCCGUGCGUGGGUGAGCCGGAACCAGAAGCUGUUCGCUCUCUAG